AUGGUGAAGAUCAGUUUCCAGCCUGCUGUGGCCGGCAUCAAAGGCGACAAGGCCGACAAAGCGGCGGCCGCGGCCUCGGCGCCUGCCCCGGCCGCUGAGAUCUUGCUGACGCCGGCUAGGGAGGAGCGGCCCCAACACCGCCCCAAGAAAGGGGGCUCCGUGGGCGGUGUGUGCUACCUGUCUAUGGGCAUGGUCGUGCUGCUUAUGGGCCUGGCCUUCGCCUCGGUCUACAUCUACAGAUAUUUCUUCCUUGCUCAGCUGGCCCGAGAUAACUUCUUCCACUGUGGUGUGCUCUAUGAAGACUCCCUGUCCCAGGUCCGGACCCGCAUGGAGCUGGAGGAGGACGUGAAGAUCUACCUCGAAGAGAACUACGAGCGUAUCAAUGUCCCUGUACCACAGUUUGGUGGUGGGGACCCUGCAGACAUUAUCCACGACUUCCAGCGGGGUCUCACUGCCUACCACGACAUCUCCCUGGACAAGUGCUACGUCAUCGAGCUCAACACAACCAUUGUGCUGCCCCCUCGAAACUUCUGGGAGCUCCUUAUGAACGUGAAGAAAGGGACGUACCUCCCGCAGACGUACAUCAUCCAGGAGGAGAUGGUGCUGACAGAGCAUGUCAGCGACAAGGAGGCCCUGGGAUCCUUCAUCUACCACUUGUGCAAUGGAAAGGACACCUACCGGCUGCGGCGCCGGGCCACCCGGAGGCGGAUCAACAAGCGUGGGAUCAAGAAUUGCAACGCCAUCCGCCACUUUGAGAACACCUUCGUGGUAGAGACCAUCAUCUGUGGGGUGGUGUGAGGCCUCUCCCUCCAGGCCCACCCCUGCCCUCUUUUUUCUCCUUCCGGGCUCUCUCUGGUCCUCCUUCCUCCCUUUGCUUAGCUUGUACCUUGGGCGCCGUCCCAUAUAUGUGACAUGUCCCACCCUUCCUUCUAGCCCUGCCUGCCUCCCCGUAACCAGGGCCGUGACCUCUGGAGGCCUCUGCUGACCUCAUGGAUGCGGGGUGGGAGGGGACACCCAAAGUGGUUUCUGUGAUCCAGCAUCUUGAAGUCAGGUCCCCAGUGGCUGGGCCAAGGGGAAGGACUAGAGGGAAGAGCUGGGUGUGUGAAAGCCCUGGGCAGAGGUAGAGAUGGAGCCUAGUCUGGGGGUAGAAAUUAUCCACACAGUUGGGAAAGUCCUGGAAGGCUUUUUUCUUGCACGGCAUACUUCACUGUCCCCAUUCCUCGGCCUGGGUGUGACUGAGGAUGAGGGGAACCAACCCGCCAGAGCACAAGGGAAGGUGGCUGUCCUGGGGCCUCCCCAGGACUCGUCAGUGCCUUCAGCCCACCCGCAGGAGCCUGCAGUGUGGGGGUGGGGCGAGCCUGUCAAGCACAGUUGUUCUCUGAGUGGAACCAAAGAGUCGAGGAGUCAGAGCCCCAGGCCUGGCACCAAGGAGCACAAGCUGAUGCCCGCAGCCUGGGCGGAAGCAGCAGGUAGCACUGUCCCGAGUUGCUGGCUCUGGGCAGUGAAUGGAGCUUGUCGCUUUCAAAGCCCAGAGACACAGGGAAAGGGAAAGGGAGGACCACCUAGUACUUGAGCAGCCUGCCUCCUCUGCUCCGGAAUCCAUCCCCUCUGCUGGAGGGGUGCGACGUUUUUCCUUUUUCUUCUCACGAUUGCAUGUUUUUACUGAUGUUAAUUUGCUAACUGUCUCAGCCCUGAGCCCUGGAGAGGCUUUGACGCCUCCAGUCAGACUUGGGUGCUGUCUGGAGAUGAACUUACAUGCUUUGUAUAUUUUCUCUAUUAGAUUCCUUUUCAGAAGUGUCUGUAGAAAAUA